AAGCAAGCUAUAGAUUAUGUGCUGUAUGGAUCCUACAUGACGGCUCAGAAAUUGUAUUAGCUUGUCAAAAUACUAGUCAUUCAGUAAAUUCUCUGGUAUCUGCUCGGCUUGUACCAUAGAUCUGGCUUGUACACUGUAUAUUGAAUGGUUCCACAGUGAUGGCAGAAGCAGUCGCUGAGGUGACAGAGAUAGCCUGCAGAGAGGCUGAUAAGGGUGAUAAUUGGGGCAUCAAUUCGUCAAUGCAACGUACAAAUGAGGAGGAUGCUGAUCUUGAAUAUUCUGUGUUUGAAGUUUUGGAAUACCAUGAAUCUGACGAAGAUGAUGCUGCAAGCAAAAAUCGUGAUUUCUUUACAAGACUCUGGACUGGCAAUGUGCUUUUUUCUGGAAAGAAGGGAGCUGUCAGGAUUAUUAAAUAUUUUGCAGGAGGAGCACAAAACAUUGGACACAAAUUUGUUCAAGCUAUUUGUCAAGAAAGCAGUGGCACUGCCGAGUUACCUGAAACCAUCACUGAAACCUGCCAACUUAUUUUGGAUACUGUUAGAAAAUAUAAUGGCAAUCACAGUAGCAAUAACAUUCUUCUUCAAGAGAAAUGGUUGGAUGAAACGGAGUAUCUUUUACAAAAUAAAGUCCUCACUAUUGGUGUGUUUGGACGUCACAAAGCUGGAAAGAGCACUUUAUUGAAUGCACUCCUUCAUCAUGAAGUAUUGCCUGCCACUAGUCGAAAUGAAACAGCAUUUAUUUUAAGGAUUUGUCAUAAAGCUAGCAAUCAUCAUGGAAGUAGUUGUUUUGAAGAUACUGAACAAUUCUUAUCAGUGAAGGAAGAAGAAGUUAAGGGUUCUAAUAAUAUUCAAUUAGCAAUUCACAAUAGGAACACACAUAUCAGAAAGCUAGAAAGUACUGCAACAAUGGACAUUGACAAAUUAGUUGCACAUGUGCCCUUCCUAUGUCGUUGUGCCACUGGUGAUAUCAAAAUUGUGCUGUUAGAUACACCUGGUUUAUCUGAAUCAAACGAGCUAGGAAUAUCUGAAGUAUCAGAGCAUGGGCUGAUGACCUGCUCUGUGUAUAUUUAUGUGAUGUCAUGCCAACAAUUGGAGGAUUCUAUUGAUACUGACUCACUGAGAGCUAUUGUCAAGAGGGACCCAAAUGCAUUUAAAGAAAAACGAAUCCUGAUUGCUGUAACAAAGCUUGAUGAAUAUGAAAUGCCUGAUACAAAGUUUAAUGAUCUAUCUGAUUCCAACGACAACAAUGAAAGCUUCGCCAAGCAUAUUGACAGCAUAAAGAAGAUCAUCCAGGACCAGUGCAAGGGCUUUGUGUCUAUUCCAGAUGAUUGCAUUAUACCUUUGUGUGCUACUGGAGCUCUUGAGGCAAGAAAAGAGAAACUAGGAGGAAAGAGGAGUAGAGAAAUGAAAGUGCUAAUGGCAAAGUUAGAUGUAUCAACUGCAGAGGAAAUAGAAAAAGUUAGUCAGGUUAUAUCAUUGGAAGAAAAACUUAUUGAAAUUGCUAGUAGAUCUCAUUAUUUAUGGCACUACAAUAUUGUGAGAGAUUGCAUUAGAUACUUGGAUCAAGCUAUGAGAGAAUUGGAUGAAAAUAAAAAAGAAUUUAUGAAACUUGAAAAGAAGUUUAACGAUAGAGUGGAGGAGAAAGAAGGUUUCAUGGAACAUUUCAAAACAUCAGUGAAGAAAUUAAGAGCCAAGUAUGCAAAUGGGUCUGACUUUUGCAGAAAAUUAGAAGAUUCUUAUGAUAAAAAUUUAGAGACAAAUAAUAAAAAAAUUGACAAGGAAUCCAAAUCACAUUUAGAAAUUUUUUAAAAAUUUUGAACAGACCUCGAAAAAAGGGGAAGCGUUACCACUAAACAGUUUAACUCAGAGGCUGAGCAAUUGAUUAAAGAUGAAAAUGAAUCAUUAAAGAAUGAUCUGAAAGAUCUUCCUUUUAGAAAGAUGGAUUUAGUUGUUAAAG